AGAUUUUGUGUAUAAAUACCUGCACACUGACACCUGCGAAUUCACACCUGUGCACGUUUGAUGCUCAGACUGCAACUAAGCAUAAAGGCAAGAAUGCAUACUUCAGCACUAACUCUCAUCGUCCUCACCGCAGUCCUCUGGGGGAACACAGAAGCAUUUUCAGAUGCAGCUGUGGACUGCUGUCUGACAACCAGGGAUACGCGUAUCCCACUCCAAAUACUUGCAGCCUACACUCAUCAGAUCACAGACAGCGGUUGCCCAAUCCCAGCUACUGUAUUUGUCACAAAGAAGGGCAAGAAACUGUGUGCGCCUCCAGAAGAGGGACAUGGGUGGAUUAGCAAGAUUAUCUCACACCUUGACAAAAAGAAAAAAGCACAUCAGUAAUAGAGACAGAUCACGAUGACCUGCUUGAUGAACUAUUGAACAGACAGACAACUACGGAAAUGACACAGAGGGUCCUUCAUCUUCAUAUUAUCAUAAUGACUAAAGCAUUCAAAUGUGAUUUUAUUCAUGCAUACUUUUAUGCAAUUCAUCAUUUUCGGACGCAUGAUAUUCAAAUGAUGUGCAUCGAAUAAAUUAUGCAUUUCAAAGAUGCAUUUCAAAUCUGAUGUCACUAAUGUAAAUAUAUAUUUUUGUAUCGUACUGACUUUCUGUAAUAUGUGUGUGCUUUACACACUUGCAUUGGUUAUAAGCUAUCUGUAUGUUUAGAAAUUAAGCUUUUGUAAAUGUAUGCCGAAUGGGUUGUGUUACUGUAAACUUUUCUUAAGAUUGUAUUUUUAAUAAAACCAUUUGAGCAAA